AAGCAGAGUCCAGGCGUAGGAGAGAAAGAGGCUCAGCAUCUCAGCAGUGAGGCCGGCACAGGCUGAGGGUGGCCCCAGGGUGGGAGUAUGUCCAAGGAGGGGACGCCACAGUGAGGCCCUAGGCCAGGUCAGGGGGUGCCCCUCCAUGGGGGAAGCCCCUCUCUGGGGGUCACUGGAGCCAUGCUGUCCCGCAAGGGCAUCAUCCCUGAGGAGUAUGUGCUGACACGUCUGGCAGAGGACCCCACAGAGCCCAGGUACCGUGCCCGAGAGCGGAGGGCCCGCUUUGUGUCCAAGAAAGGCAAUUGCAACGUGGCCCACAAGAACAUUCGGGAGCAGGGCCGCUUCCUGCAGGACGUGUUCACCACGCUGGUGGACCUCAAGUGGCCGCACACGCUGCUUAUCUUCACCAUGUCCUUCCUCUGCAGCUGGCUACUCUUCGCCAUGGCCUGGUGGCUCAUCGCCUUUGCCCACGGCGACCUGGCCCCCAUUGAGGGCGCCGGGGAGCCCUGUGUCACCAGCAUCCACUCCUUUUCAUCUGCCUUCCUUUUCUCCAUCGAGGUCCAGGUGACCAUCGGUUUUGGUGGGCGCAUGGUGACCGAGGAGUGCCCCCUGGCUAUCCUGGUGCUCAUUGUGCAGAACAUCGUGGGGCUCAUGAUCAACGCCAUCAUGCUGGGCUGCAUCUUCAUGAAGACCGCCCAGGCCCACCGGAGGGCCGAGACCCUCAUCUUCAGCAAGCAUGCCGUUAUCGCCCUGCGCCACGGCCGCCUCUGCUUCAUGCUGCGGGUGGGCGACCUCCGCAAGAGCAUGAUCAUCAGUGCCACCAUCCACAUGCAGGUGGUGCGCAAGACCACCAGCCCUGAGGGCGAGGUGGUGCCCCUCCACCAGGUGGACAUCCCCAUGGAGAACGGCGUGGGAGGCAACAGCAUCUUCCUGGUGGCACCCCUCAUCAUCUACCACGUCAUCGAUGCCAACAGCCCGCUCUACGACCUGGCGCCUGGCGACCUGCACCACCACCAGGACCUCGAGAUCAUCGUCAUCCUGGAAGGCGUGGUGGAAACCACGGGCAUCACCACCCAGGCCCGCACCUCCUACCUGGCCGACGAGAUCCUGUGGGGCCAGCGCUUUGUCCCCAUUGUGGCUGAGGAGGAUGGACGCUAUUCCGUGGACUAUUCCAAGUUUGGCAACACCAUUAAAGUGCCCACGCCACUCUGCACGGCCCGCCAGCUCGAUGAGGACCGCAGCCUGCUGGACGCCCUGACCCUUGCCUCAGCCCGAGGGCCCCUGCGCAAGCGCAGCAUGGCGGUGGCCAAGGCCAAGCCCAGGUUUAGCAUCUCUCCGGAUUCUCUGUCCUGAGCCGUAGUCCCUUGGGUCUGCCACAUGCAUGUGUGCACACGGGCAGUGUGGUAUGGUAUGUAGUGUGGAUGGCCCCUCAGCCAGGCCUGGGCCUGUAGUGAGGCUGGCUCUCCUCAGCUCAGCUUCCCCCUGCUGCUCGCCUGGGGUGUUACAAGGCACUUGUCACUACGCUAUUUCUGGCCUCAGCA